AUGUCGCACUUGACCGUACAUAUCCUCCCGUCAAACCCUCCCCCAACCACUCAAUUCCUCGUAAACAGGGGGACGCGAACAGGGACCAGCCCUCUUGCGUACAUGCUGCAGCAUGAAGAAAAGAGCCAUUCAAGAAAAAAGGGUGCAACAAAGGUGGUUGGGGGGAAACAUUGGCGUCGCGCGCCCGAAUCGGGCCGGACGGACAGCAGCGCCGUUUACGGGGGACUGGGCUGGGCUGGUAGGGUGGCAAACUCGUUACGAAAGGAGUUGCGAGCGCGAGGUGACGCCACACGUUUUACCGAGGCAAUGAGGCUGGAAAAAAUCGAUGAAAUUAUUGAUUGA